AUGCAUCCCUUCUACAUAUUAUUACUUGGGCUUCUCCUUUUGCCCACAUCUUGCUGCUCCUCAUCAGCACCCACAAAUGAUACUCUCAUGGCAGGCCGAGUACUCACCGUCGGCGAUAAGCUCAUCUCAAGAAACGGCAAGUUCGCGCUCGGAUUCUUCCAGCCAGCAGCAAGCACCAGCAGUAAGUCGUCCAAUAACAGCUGGUACCUUGGCAUAUGGUUCAAUAAGAUUCCAGUUUUCACUACUGUGUGGGUUGCUAAUAGGGAGGAGCCGAUCGCCCACCCCGACAUUAACUCAACACAGCUCAAGAUCUCAAGAGACGGCAAUCUUGUCAUUGUCGUAAAACAUGUUGAUGCUGGCACUGAAUCCCUUGUUUGGUCCACUCACACCGUCAAUAGGACACAAACUAGCAGCAUAAACACCACCACCACUAGUGCCGCCGUUCUCUUGAACACUGGAAACCUUGCUGUCAAAGUCAUAGAUAGCCCAUCAUCUGACCUACCGUUGUGGCAGAGCUUCGACUACCCAGCAGAUGUUGUGCUUCCUGGCGCCAAGCUUGGCUGGAACAAGGUUACAGGUUUGAAUCGCCAUAUCAUCUCAAAGAAGAGCCUUGUUGAUCUGAGUCUUGGCUCAUACAGCCUUGGACUAGACACAACCGGCCUCGCCAUCCUCGAGCGUCGGAAAAACCCUGCUGUAGUGUUUUGGCAUUGGGCAUCCUCCAAAACAUUGUCAAUGAGUAUUAUACCAGUGCUCAAGACCAUUCUAGAUAUGGAUCCACGGACCAGAGGGAUCAAAUUCAAGUCAUGUGGUUUCCUGGCGAUAUACUACGGCAAUCAAGAUAGUGCUGCUGGAAUUAUAGCCUUUAGAUACACUGAUUUAGUUUGUGCUACUAAAAACUUCUCGGAAAAGAUCGGAGGAGGGGGUUUUGGUUCAGUAUACAAGGGAGUGUUAAGUGACGCAAAGACUACUAUAGCUGUCAAAAGGCUUGAUGGUGCCCAUCAAGGAGAGAAGCAGUUCAGGGCUGAGGUGAGCUCAGUUGGACUGAUCCAACAUAUCAACCUAGUAAAACUGAUUGGUUUCUGCUGCGAAGGUGAUCACAGGUUACUUGUGUAUGAACAUAUGUUAAAUGGGUCUCUUGAUGGUCAUCUAUUUAAGAAGAGAAAUGAUGCCACCGCUGUCCUAAAUUGGAACAAUAGAUAUCAAAUAGCCCUAGGAGUUGCCAAAGGAUUGUCCUACUUACAUCAGAGUUGUCACAAAUGCAUCAUACAUUGUGACAUUAAGCCAGGAAACAUACUAUUGGAUGCAUCAUUUGCUCCAAAAGUUGCAGACUUUGGGUUGGCAGCGUUUGUGGGAAGGGAUUUUAGCCGAGUUUUGACUACGAUCAGGGGCACUGCGGGUUAUCUUGCCCCAGAGUGGCUUAGUGGAGUUGCAAUCACACCAAAGAUCGACGUUUACAGCUUCGGCAUGGUACUGCUGGAAAUCAUAUCGGGAAGGAGGAAUUCCUCACUUGAAACAUCAUACUACACUAGCAGCAGCAGCAGUUACCACAAUGCCGAAUAUUUCCCUGUGCAGGCCAUCAGCAAGCUUCACGGCGGAGAUGUGAAGAGUUUGGUGGAUCCACAAUUACAUGGUGACUUCAAUUUGGAAGAGGCUGAAAGAGUUUGCAAAGUUGCGUGCUGGUGCAUCCAAGAUAAUGAGUUUGAUCGGCCGACUAUGGGUGAAGUGGUCCGGGUUCUCGAGGGUCUGCAGAAGAUUGAUAUGCCCCCCAUGCUAAGGCUACUUGCAGCUCUAAUAGAACACUGAUGCUGCAACUUCAGUGUAAUAAUAAUAAUUCGUAGAGUAGUUCGCUUUCUUUCAGCAU